CAGCCGCCUCAACACCAAACACGCCAGCCUACGAAACGAUCGGGCCCUUUUCGUGACGUGCCGCUAUUCUUAAGGCCGGCCAUACUCCAACCCACGCGCUCACUCCACGCAUCCGCUCAGCUGCUCCUUCGCUCAGCGCCUCCUCUUCUGCCACAACUCCGCAGCCUCGUCAUCGCUCAAUCUAUUUUCCACGUGGACCUGUGAAUUACCCGCCAAGUACCGUUGGUUCGCCAGCAGAGCAGCCCGGUUGCCUCUCCAAAUCUAUACGUCGUCAACCAGCGUUAAGCCCUGAAUCGCAAUGGCCACCGCCGAAGCCGCGGCGACACCUCAUGACCGACACACCCGCAAGCGGCCCUUUACGGGCUGGAUGAAGCGCCUCGCGAAUCUGAAAUCUUCAACCUCUGAAUCUCCCAAUGCGUCUGGGAAGAAGGGUCAGAGCGCUGCGCAGCCCAAGUCCAAGAAGACCGCGGCGAAGAACAAUCCCUACCCCGAAUCCGGCCGCUUCAACAACAAUGGCAACGGCCACCUUUCCUUCUCCAGCCCCGUCACCCCUCGAUCCAACGACAGCUUCGCAUCGGCAGAGGCAGGCAGCGGCUCGGGGCAGCAGCGCGCGUUAGCGAAGAGCAACAAGUCCACUGCGCCGACAGUGGCUACCAAUCCCGAGACCAUCCACUCCGGCAGGUCGAAAGCGGACACGGGCAUCAGCACAACAAUAGGCGGCGGCAGUACAUUUUCGUCUCCCAACCACUCCGAGCGCUCUCUCACUACAACCUUGACCACUAUACAGUCCACCGCCCCCUCUAACGUGCUCGUUGGCGGCCAUGUGCCGAACGCACAGACUGCAAAUGCACCACCAGUGCACUUCUCGCACCAGUUCCCGGCUUCGCCGCCACCAUCAGCAAUACCUCCGCACUUAGUGCCACAACCGCAUCCGCACACCUACCAAGCCGCAACAGCGAACAAUAUCCUUACGGACAAUGCAUCCAUCUUGACGCUGGCUUCCUCCUCGAAGCGCCGCCGGCGCAACUCUCUCGACACAAAUGCCUCUGUUCGCGCCCUGGCACCAUCGUCGGUUUGGGGAGGCAGCCGAGAGUCACUCCCACUCAGUGUGCUUUCAGGCAAUGCAGACACAAUAUACAGCCCGCAGAAUAGGCCGAACGGUGUGGGUGGCUUUGCGAAUGCUGAACGCGCGAGCCUCUAUUCCUCAUCCGGAGUCGCAGCCCCUGCGCUCAGCAGUGAGCGCAAUAGCUACUAUGCGAACAAGCAAAAUGCAGACGGGGUGAGCGUGCGUAGUGGACUGCUCGGUCAUGGACGGACAGAUAGUAUCACCGGCAGCAUUGGACCCAACCCUACUAGCCCGCUGGCGAGCCCGAGAGAUCCUGUAGGCCCUGCAAGAAUGAGCCGACGAAGUUCGGACUGGAAGGAGGCCGGCGAGGACGGUGACGAUGACGGCGAGACCCCUGUCAGCCCUGUUACUUCUGAACAUGAGGACAAAGGGAAAGGCAGGGCCGUCUCAUAAGCGGCUCCUACAACCGAUAGGACAUGGCACUAGGGUAGGGCUUGAUCUUGGUAUGAAGGCCUUCAGGCCCGGUUUUGCGGAGGGAGGGUGGAACAGAGGAAGUGGGUGUGGAGCGUUGGCUUUGGUGCUUGGGACUUGAUCAACAUGCAUGGGGGAGUCAGCAUCGGCAAGGCGUCUCCAGGUUUGCGGAUAUGGCACUCAGCUUUUUGGUUCAUCAAAUUAUACCCUAGGUCUAUGGAGAAGACAUCAGCCGCAGGGGUGAAUAGAUCUUCAAACCUGCUUAUACGAUGAGUGACUUUCUUAACUUUCAAUGCCUG